UAUAUAUCAUCAGCCGGCGCGCCGGGCGCCCCCUCUCGUCUCAGGUUCCAGGGUCGUCGUGCUUCGAGCUGUGUCGAGCCCCGGGGUACAUGGCGAACGGCCGCGCUGACAUGGCCGCGACGACGCUGGCGCUCCUGGCGGCGGCCGCGCUCUGCUGCGGCAUGGCGGCGGCCGCGCUGCCCCGGGUGGAGCACCCCGCCAGGAACGACGGCACGCUCAGCCUGCUCGUCGUCGGGGACUGGGGGCGCGGGGGCACGCACAACCAGUCACGGGUCGCCGAGCAGAUGGGAAGGGUUGGGGAAAAGCUCGGUAUCGACUUUGUUAUAUCCACCGGGGACAACUUCUACGAGAACGGCCUGAAGGGCGUACAUGACCAAGCAUUUGAAGAAUCAUUCACUGACAUCUACACAGCACAAAGCUUACAGAAGCCAUGGUACCUAGUUCUGGGGAAUCACGAUUACAGGGGCAACGCGCUAGCACAGCUUAGCCCUGUCUUACGAAAGAUCGAUAGCAGAUUCAUUUGCAUGAGAUCCUUCAUUGUUAACGCAGAAAUUGUGGAUUUCUUCUUCGUCGACACCACUCCAUUCCAAAAGAAGUACUGGACUCACCCUGGCAAACAUCAGUAUGACUGGAGAGGAGUGGUACCUCGAGGAAAAUACAUAGCCAACUUGCUGAAGGACUUGGAUGAGGCUAUGGAGAAAUCAACUGCGAUGUGGAAGAUUGUUGUUGGGCAUCACACCAUGAGGAGUGUCAGUGACCAUGGGGACACCAAGGAGCUUCUAAAACUGCUGCUUCCUGUCCUCAAGGAAAACGGCGUCGACUUCUACAUCAAUGGGCAUGAUCACUGUCUCGAGCACAUUAGCAGCAGAGACAGUCCGAUCCAGUACUUCACGAGCGGCGGCGGUUCGAAAGCAUGGAGAGGAGUCUUCCAGCCAAACAAGGACAAGCUCCGGUUCUUCUACGACGGGCAAGGGUUCAUGUCGCUCCAGCUGAACCAAGAGCAGGCUCAGUUCACCUUUUACGAUGUCUCCGGGAACAGCCUGUACCAGUGGAGCUCGAGCAAAACGGGCAGCUCCCAGCCCUCCACCUAUCUAGAUGACGAAGAAUGAAACUGUUGCAGACCAGAUCAAUCGGAGGAUUAAGCUAGUCAAGGUGAGCAGGAGGGAAAGGCGUCCGGUUUCAGUCAUUCUAGCUCGAUGUGAUGGUAGUAGGUGUUGUCGAUGUUACCCCUCUGUACUGUCCAACUCCAACACCCGUGUAAGCUUGUGCUGGCCUUGCAAGACUUUCUUGCUCCUCAUGAGUUGGCAAAGCUAUUUGCUUUACUAGUCUAUCCCGUAGAAUUAAUAUAAAAAUAAGAUUGAUAAUUAUAAUUAUCCA